CAAAGCAACAUCAAAAAAAAAUCUCUUUACACUUUUUCACUGUAUAAAUAAAUAAUAUUAAAAAAAUGUCUUACUACGGUGGAGAUAGAGAUCGCGGCGAUCGUGAUAGAACAGAUAGAGGAAGUGAAAGAACUGGUGGCGAUAGAUCAGAUAGAGGUGGUGGAGGUGACAGAGGAAGACCUAACCCCUGUAGACUCUAUGUUGGUAAAGUGAGUCGUUAUGUUCGCGAACAAGACUUGAAAGAUCUCUUUGCCAGAUACGGUCGAAUCAGAGAUUUAGUCCUCAGAGACUUUUAUGCUUUUAUUGAAUAUGAUGUAUGUAUUUGUUGUUUAAAUGUUUCGUGUUCUUUCAUCUCCAUUCUUCUUUUUUUAACCUGUUGCAUUUAGAACGUCAGAGGUAUUUAAUUCAUCUUUUUUUUUGUCAUUAUUGAAAAAUUUUCUUUUUCUAUUAUGAUGAUGACCUUUUUUUUUUUUUUUCUUCUUUUUUAAAAAAAAAAAAAUAAUAUUCCAACACACCAUAAAUUUUUUUUCUUUUCUUUCCUAUCA